CCCAUUGGCCGUCGCUUCCCACCCCAAAAUGUGGUCCGUGAAACGCCAACGACGACUCAUCAUCGUGCCUUUUCGCCAGGCGGCCGAAUUAAUUCCUUGGGUGUGCAUGCGCAUGCGAAGGGGGCUCUUUUUGCAGAAGUUUAUUUUUGUUAUUACUAUUCACGAUGCCCGCAGAUCUCUCCUUCUCGAUCUCUCAAUUAAUAAAUCGACUAUCAACCAAACAACACACGAUCAAAACGUCCUUCAUAACGAUCCCGCCUCGCCGUUCAUCAAACCACAGCUACGAGACCUACGAGAUCGACGCGGCAUUCCCAUCACACAGCCGUACCCUAACAACCUGCAAUCCCGCCGCCACUGCUACAAACCUCACGAUCCGGCGACACGAUUCCACAAUGUCUCUCGACCAGGCAUACUCAUUAGCCCACAUCGCACAAUGCCGCCUCAACAGGGAGUCAAGUCGACCCAACCGAAACCUGCGGGUCAUGGUCGGUCACUUGAGCCACUACCAAUCGCUACGACUUCACAUUCUCGACAUCGAGAGCUCCUCAAGUAGCGAUUUCUCCAAACCCGAACUCUCCCGAACCCUCUCGUCUUCAAGCCUAUCACACGGUCAACCCUCGAGCCACCUCGAGGAAGUCCUCGAAUACGACGACGACAUCCCUUACGACGACGAAGCCGACGACGACUCCCUCUCCCUCUCCCGCUGCGCAUCCAACUUCACCGUCCCGGCUGCACACCCACCACAACAGCAGCCGCAGCGUCUCCCGGAUCUCGAAUCCGACGACUCCGACGAGUCCGACCACGACGACGAAUACGACGAAUACGACGGUCCCGUCUCCCCCGAGGACGAGCGAUGCCCCAGCGAGGCCGUCGUCGUCCCGCAGAUCUCCGAGCUGGCCAUCUCAGGCCUGUACCACCAUCGCGACGUCGAACGAAGGUGAAGCGUGCAUGCGACUGCCGUCUUCACAUCCGGGGAAUGACGAGUCGUCUCGUCGGGUCUGGGCUUUUUCUUUAGCGGAUUGGGAUUUUGGUUUUUAUUUUUAGCGAAGGCGUUCCAUGGU